CGGCGCUGCGGGUGUGGGGGCGGGGUGGAAGCCUGGGGCGGAGGUGAAGUGCCCGGCGUCGCGGUACCUGGAGCCUCUGGUGCGGGCACUGGAUGGGCUCCAAGUCGCUUUGGUGUGCGUGGUUGUGCGGGAGUACGAACCCACCGGAAGGCAGCUCGCUGCAGAUUGUGAGGACUUGGUGCUAGUGUCCCGGAGCUAUGCGCUCGGGUAGCCCUGGGUAGCCAAACUGACAGUUUCCGCAGGUUGAGGGCCGGCUGGGUGGAGGUGCAGGGAAAGAGGUCCCAGUGUGCAAAGUGGUUUUCGUCUUUUCCCCGUGUGUCGUCUCUUGAGCACAGAAACUCGGAGGAAUGAGGCGCUCAGAAGCCAUGUCUUGAUUGGAACUAGAACAACUUCAAGCAUUCCUAUGCUGUAACUUUGGCCUGUUAUAGGCUGACUUCAUUGGCUAGUGCUUGCCGCCAAUUACCUUAGUACGGGCAUGAAAGUACGCUGCCUGAAGCACCCUUAUGUUUUGAGCUCAUUUCUGUGGAAUAGCGCUUUAAGAAAACCGGCUUCGACCUGCUAGAGAAGUCACCUUCAGGACAUUCAGAGAAAGGAAGAGUGGGGACUAUGAAGUCCGCCAAGCCCCAAGUGAACCACAGUCAGCACGGGGAAAGCCAGCGGGCCCUGAGCCCCUUGCAGUCGACUCUCAGUCCUGCUGCAUCUCCUUCCCAGGCAUAUGAAACCUAUAUUGAUAAUGGACUCAUAUGCCUUAAACACAAAAUUAGAAACAUCGAGAAAAAGAAGCUCAAACUGGAAGAUUACAAAGACCGCCUAAAAAAUGGGGAACAGCUUAACCCAGACCAGUUGGAAGCAGUGGAGAAGUAUGAAGAAGUACUGCAUAAUUUGGAAUUUGCCAAGGAUCUCCAGAAAACCUUUUCUGCACUGAGCCAAGAUCUAUUGAAAGCCCAGAAAAAGGCCCAGAGAAGGGAGCACAUGCUAAAACUUGAGGCUGAAAAGAAAAAGCUUCGAACUGUACUUCAAAUUCAGUAUGUAUUGCAGAACUUAACACAAGAACAUGUACAGAAAGACUUCACAGGGGGCUUGAAUGGUGCAGUGUAUUUGCCUUCAAAAGAACUUGACUACCUCAUUAAAUUCUCAAAACUGACCUGUCCUGAAAGAAAUGAGAGUCUGAGUGUCGAGGACCAGAUGGCACAGUCGUCCUUGUACCUUUGGGACCUCUUGGAAGGUCGUGAGAAAGCAGUGGUAGGAACGACAUACAAACAUGUGAAAGAUCUACUGUCUAAACUCCUGAACUCAGGUUAUUUUGAAAGUAUCCCAGUUCCCAAAAACAGUAAGGAAAAAGAGGAAGAAAUGCUAACGCAGUCAGAAAAGAGAAGACAGUUAUUGAAGACUGAAUCUAUCAAAGAGUCAGAGUCUGUUAUGGAGCUUGCACAGCCAGAGAUACAACCACAGGAGUUUCUUAACAGGCGCUAUAUGACAGAAGUAAAUUACUCAAGAAAACAAGACGAAGAACGAUCUUGGGAACCAAAUUAUGCCAGGAAACCAAAUCUCCCAAAAUGUUGGGAUGUGCUUCCUGAACCAGAUGGCCAAGAGAAGCAGGAACCCUUGGAGUCCUGGGAGUCCCCUGUUAAGCCCCAGGAGGUGUCAAAGCCUGUGGUUUCUGUAGAGCAGAGGAAGCUCGGGUCAACUCUGCAGGAAGACCAGAAGCAACAGGUUUCCACACCACCUGUCAGUCAGAGAAAACCAGAAGCUCCCAAGUCCGAAGUGGGUGGCACUGAGAAGGAGCAGGGUACACAGGAGUCACCGAAGACCUGGGUGGUUCAGCCAAAGAAAGAACAAGAGCCAAAGAAGCCACCUGUGUCCUGGACGGCAUCUGUGCAGAGAGAGCAGAACACCAGCAGCUCGUGGGCCACUCCCAUGGGCAGAGAACGGGCUUCAACACAACCUGGGACUCCAAAAUCCUGGGAAAACAGUGUUGAGAGCCAGAAACAUUCCUUAGAACCACAGGCACAGGUGUCUGUAAAGUCCUGGGGAGCAGCCUCAGCAAGCCUCUUUCCAAAUGACCAGUUCCUGCCCAGGAAGUUAAAUUCAGAACCCAAAGAUGUGCCUAAGUCCAUGCCUCAGCCUGUAGGCUCUUCUUCGGCCCUCCCAAAAGAUCCAGUAUUGAGGAAAGAAAAACUGCAGGAUCUAAUGAUUCAGAUUCAAGGAACCUGUAACUUUAUGCAAGAAUCUGUUCUGGAUUUUGACAGACCUCCAAGUGCAAUUCCAUCAUCACAGCCGCCUUCACCUUCUCCAGUAUCUACAGAACAGAAUUUGUCCAGUCAUAGUGAUUUUCCUCAGGAGCCAAUGCAGGCAGCAAUUCCCCAGAGCAAGCCACCGUCUACUCUUGCUUCUCCAAACCCUCCCCCAUCAAAGGGCUUCCAGUUACCUCCUGCAAGUGGGAGCUCAGUAGCCGUUAGUGCAGCGCCCUUUCAAGUCAUGCAGACAGUAUUCAAUGUUAACGCACCUCUGCCUCCACUGAAAGAACAAGAAGUAAAAGAAUCCCCUUUCUCACCUGGCUGCAAUCAAAGUUUUACUUCAUCAAGUACGCAGACACCACCCCAAAGCCAACCCCCAGCUAUACAUGUAGAACAGAUGGUCCUGCCUCAAGAGACUGUCUCAGAUUACCAUCCUGAUGGAACUGUUCAAAUAAGCAAUGGCAGUCUUGCCUUUUACCCAGCACACAGGAAUAUGUUUCCCAGACCUGCUCAGCCAUUUGUCUGUAGCCGGGGGUCUGUUAGAGGAUGUCCACGCGGAGGGAGGUUACUGACAAAUCCCUUUAGGUCCCCUGGUGGCUACAAAGGUUUUGAUAGCUACAGAGGGCCUCCUUCAGUUUCCAAUGGGAAUUAUAGCCAACUGCAACUCCAAGCUAAAGAAUAUCCUGGAACACCUUACUCCCCAAAG